CCCCCUCAGACCCAUGACUCUCUAUGUCUCAGCUGCAGGACCAUCAUGACCUGGAGGACGACGAGAGGACCCUCUAUGAAUCCUCACACCACCGCAGCUCGGAUGAGGAGAUGGGAGACUACGGCUCACAUGGCGUUCGCAUAGCCUCUGACCUGGACAAGAAGCGUCUUUGGUGGAAGAACGCGGUUAUCAACAUCUGUUUCAUUGCUUCAUGGUACAUCUUUGCCACUAUCCUGUCGGUGUACAACAAAUGGAUGUUCGCACCGGAUCGCUUUGGGUUUCCUGCUCCCCUCUUCGUCACCACUGUACAUAUGUUCGUGCAGUUCUCACUCGCAGCUGCUGUCAGAUACAUGUUUCCGAGGAAGUUUCGCCCUGAAGCCCGUCCGAGCCUGAGUGACUUUGGGAAGAAAGCCGUUCCAACGGGCAUUACGACCGGAGUUGAUAUCGGGCUGUCCAACGUGUCGCUGAAGACAAUCACGCUUUCAUUCUACACUAUGUGCAAAUCGUCCUCCCUUAUCUUCGUCUUGUUGUUCGCGUUCAUGUUCCGUUUAGAAGCGUUCUCUUAUCGUCUUGUCGGGGUCAUCCUACUCAUAUGUGGCGGGGUUCUCCUCAUGGUUGCCAGCGAAACAUCCUUCCAGCUCUUUGGAUUCAUUCUUGUCAUCACGGCCAGCGCCUGCAGUGGACUUCGGUGGAGCUUGACGCAUCUACUUCUGAAGAACAAGGAUAUGGGAAUGGACAAUCCAGCUGCGACGGUAUUCUGGCUUGCUCCCGUUAUGGGAGUCAGCUUGGCGAUCAUCAGCGUGUUCUGGGAGAGCUGGAGUGAGAUAUUCGCUCCACCCUUCUUGUCUGGCGAUUCUUCCUUCAGCACUUUGUUCUUCCUGGUAGCUCCAGGGGUCGUGGCGUUUUGUAUGGUGUUGAGCGAGUUUUACAUCAUCCAACGUGCCGGUGUCCUUCCCAUGUCGAUAGCAGGCAUAGCGAAGGAAGUCACCACCAUCACGAUAUCAGCCUGGGUCUUCGGGGAUGAACUCACGCCCCUCAACAUUACCGGUGUAGGAAUCACUGUUUGUGGCAUCGCCCUCUUCACGUAUCACAAAUAUCGUAAAUCCAUCAGCUCGGAAGUUGCUCUCGAUGAAAAUGGUAAUGCCGUGCUGGCGGAGGGUGGCGGCAUGCACGCGACGCAUGCUACGGAACGCGGCUAUGAGUUAGAGAUGGCCGACAGAUUGCGGCGUACAGCUUCACUCGACGCACCAGAAGAUCGACAACAUCUGCUGUUCUCAGCUGAUGAUCUAGAAGAUGAUGCAGAAGAGUUGCGGAGUGUCAGGUCCUCGAAGAUAGGCUCAGUCGCAGGUGAUGACGACAUGCCAAUACCUAAUGGUGCCCAUUAGAUGUUCCUCACAUUGAUGGGCCCCUACCACAUGCAAAUCAGAGUAAGCUUUAGCUAACGGCUCUCGCCUCUCUCCGCACUAAUUACCAGCAUUAACACUCGUACAUAUUCACCUUGCUACGUAAAUCUAUCUCGAUCUAGC